AUGACCCUGUUCCACUUUGGGAAUUAUUUCGCCUUGGUGUACUUCCCCUACCUCAUCAUGUACAAGUGCAGUGGCUUGUCAGAGUACAACGCUUUCUGGAAAUGUGUGCAGGCAGGAGCCACCUAUCUCUUUGUGCAGCUGUGCAAGAUGCUGUUUCUCGCAACCUUCUUCCCCAUGUGGGAAGGCAGAGCUGGUAUCUACGAUUUCAUAGGGGAAUUCAUGAAGGCAACCAAGGGCCUGGGUGACCUUGUGGGCCUCCACCCUGGCAUGUCUCAAAACGCAGGGAAGGGCGAGUACAAGGUCAUGGUGGCAGCCGUGGGGUGGGCCACAGCAGAGCUCUGCCAGGGCAGAGACCGCAACGUAGUGGACCAGGCUGAUGUUGGAACCGAUGCUCAUCUGGAUGUAUUUCCAAUGGAACUGGAUACCUCGGCCCUGACCCAGAGAGGGAUACAGCAGGACAUGAUGAGCUCUGCUGUCCGCCCCCCACUGACUCUCCUUCUGGGAAUCAGCAUCUACAAAGCAUUUAUCCCGUAG